AUAACUAUUAUUUUAUUUUUAUGUCUUCUCUAUAAAGUUGCAGGAAUAUAUAACUUUGAGCAAAAGGCUAGUAAUGGCUAAUUGAACUAUUCAAUUGUCAGUCAUGUAACGUUAUCUUUUGUUAUGCAUUAGGAUAGUAGUAGCGAUUUUGUAUGUAACUUAUUUUGCCUGCAAUUGAUUUUACUCUUUAAGAAAUUCAUAUUGCCUGACGGAAUGUUUAAAAUCAUUUAUUUUGUUUGUUUUGUUUUUUGAAUAGCUUUUAGAAAUCACCUGUUCAAAAUGGAAAAGACAGUCAUUUCGUGGAAUGACCAAAAAGUGUUAAAAAUACGAAAACAUGCACACCGUCAGAAGUUGGAGUUCUCGAGAGCACCACGUGACUUCAAAGAACAUCAGCCGAAGGCAUUUGCAAGAAAUCACUUAUGUUACUGAGGGAUGUUGACAGACAGUUUAAACAUGUCUAACUAUGCGCUAAUUAAAACGACAUAAUAGUUCGCUGUAAUUUUCCAUACAAUUUCGUGAACGGAAGUCUUUAUUGCGCUCGUGCUCUUCUGCACCUGUCAUGUCACUUUUCAAUGCGAAAAGUAACUUUACUCGAAAUGAUGCUUCAGCUUUACGGUUGUUACGAAAGAGUGAGAGCUCUGAUGAUGAUGAGAAAAGGUUGAAAAGAAGAGAAAAGAACCGAGGUGCUGCACAGAGGAGCCGCAAAAAACAAACCCAGAGAGCUGAUGAGUUGCAUGAGGCGUAUGAAUGUCUGGAACAGGAGAACAGUCUGCUGAGGAAGGAAGUCCAGAUUUUGAUUGAGGAACAGCAACGUUUGACAAAUGCCCUCAAAGCCCAUGAGCCUUUGUGUCCUGUCUUGAACUGUGGUAUGACCUCAACAUCAAGGUCCAUAGGCACGGUGUCACCUGAGUUUAUGUCUAGAUAGUGACACUCACAUCUGAUGAUCAAGAUGUCUGAAUUUCCAUUUAGCAUAAAUUAACUAUACAUGUAAUCAUGCAAGGGAUUUAUGCAUACUAGCAUUUUUAUUCUAAAGUAUUACAUUGUGUGUUCAAUAUGCAGUGUUUUCUUUGCAGUGUGUGUUCAUACAAGUGAAUAAUGUAGUCCUGCCUGAAACUGCAAUGUAACAAGUUAUGUUCAGAAUACAGAAUCUAGCCACAUGUUAGUUUUCCCAGGGUCAUGCCUCACGUGAAUACACCCAUUUUGGUAUUUACUUUGAUAAAGUCAAUAACCGCUAACUAAACCAUCUGUCGUACCACAGUUAGUUUGCUGUGAAUGAAUGACAUGUGAGAAUGCACUUCUGCUUUAUGAGAGCCAAUCCAACCAAAAAGUUAAUUUCAAAACUCUGUGACAGCAGGUUUAUGUCUGCAUAUUAUUAAUUACUAUUCAAAAUAACCAUAACGGUUUAAUUUACAUGUCAGUGUUACUUUUCUGUCUUGCUUGAUCGUGUUUUACUUUUGGAGUGUAUUGUAACUAUUAAA